AUGUUGUGGGAGGUCCCUGAGGCCGCUGAGGUCGUUCGUGUCUGUUGAACGGUUGUGGGAGUGUUGCUGCUUUGGGUAGGGGUUAAAAUCGUUUCUUGAGAGGAACGACUCUGUCCGAAGAGAUAAUGAGUUUAGCUCUGAGAAGUGAGCUUGUAGUAGACAAAACAAAGAGGAAAAAAAGAAGAGAACUGUCUGAGGAACAGAAACAAGAAAUUAAAGAUGCUUUUGAACUAUUUGAUACAGACAAAGAUGAAGCAAUAGAUUAUCAUGAAUUAAAGGUGGCAAUGAGAGCCUUGGGGUUUGAUGUAAAAAAAGCUGAUGUACUGAAGAUUCUUAAAGAUUAUGACAGAGAAGCCACAGGGAAAAUCACCUUUGAAGAUUUUAAUGAAGUUGUGACAGACUGGAUAUUGGAAAGAGAUCCCCAUGAAGAAAUACUCAAGGCAUUUAAACUAUUUGAUGAUGAUGAUUCAGGUAAAAUAAGCUUGAGAAAUUUGCGACGUGUUGCUAGAGAAUUGGGUGAAAACAUGAGUGAUGAAGAGCUUCGAGCUAUGAUAGAAGAAUUUGACAAAGAUGGUGAUGGAGAAAUAAACCAAGAGGAGUUCAUUGCUAUUAUGACUGGUGACAUUUAAAGAAUUACAAGGAUAAACACUAAGAAUGUUGCAGUUAUCAUCUUAUAUUCUAUUUUUGUGCCUGGAGCCAUUUGAAAAAAACCAACUUAGUUCUUUUAUCCAAAAGGACCAAAAAUAAGCAUCUUAUGUAUUUGUAUUUUACUACUGUUAAGUUUCUUUGUAUGAAGUAUGUUGUUAGUACUCAGAUAGUUUAGCUUUGUAUUUAUAAUAGAGCUUUUAUAUAAAGUUUUUAAAAAUUGAAUAUGUGAUAUGUGUUCUUUGAAGGUUUUUUAAUUUAACAUUAAUAGUCACUUUUAUUUUGGUGCACACGUUUUCCAGACUUUCAUUAAUAAAAUGCUUAUUUUAUUAGUAUUUUAAAGUUUGGUAAAUUUGUUUUUAUUCCUAGUAUCUGUUAACCCUCAAGAGUGUAUUUCUUAAAUCUCCUCUUUAUAAUUUUACUAGUUUCUGAAACAAAAAUUGAAAUACAAAUAGCAAUAGAAUGGCACAUUUUUCCAUUACCUAACAUUUCAUCAAUUUUGACAGUCUAUAUUUUAAUACAAGAUGACUCAAUGUAAGCCUAAUCCCUUUUUUAAGAAUCCUGUCUUUGAGUUUAGAGGGAAUAAGUAUUGUGCAGAUAGACCCAUUUAUCCUUGUGUAUUAUGUUUCUUAACUCUUUUGGUAUCAAUAUAAGUAUGAAAGUUAAUUUUUUCCUGAAUAUUUCCUCAAACGAAUUGAAUGAAUACAAUUUGAAUUCUC